AUGCCGGCGAAGAUCGCCCCGAGCCUCCUCGCCUGCGACCUCAGCGACAUGGCCGGCGAGGCGCGGCGCGUGGUGGAAGCGGGCGCGGACGUGCUCCACAUCGACGUCAUGGACGGCCACUUCGUGCCCAACCUGUCCUGGGGCCCGCCCGUGGUCAAGUGCCUGCGCAAGGCGACGCGCGCCUUCCUCGACGUGCACCUCAUGGUCAGCGACCCGCGGAAGUGGGUGCUGCCCAUGGCCGACGCGGGCGCGGACGGGUUCACGUUCCACGUCGAGGCCGACUCCGACCCCGCGGCCGUCGUCGACGCGAUCCGCGCCGCGCCGCGCAAGAUGGUCGUGGGCGUCGCGCUCAAGCCGGGCACGCCCAUCGCCGCGCUCGACGCGCUCUGGCGCGACGGCGAGUUCCUCGCGGACUUCGUGCUCGUCAUGACCGUCGAGCCGGGCUUCGGCGGCCAGUCCUUCAUGCCGGCCAUGAUGGACAAGGUCACGGCGCUCCGGGCCCAGUUCCCGACCAUGGACAUCCAGGUCGACGGCGGCCUCGGGCCCGCGACGGUCGAGACGGCCGCGGCCGCGGGCGCGAACUACAUCGUCGCCGGCUCCGCGGUCUUCAAGGCGCGCGAGCCCGCCGCCGUCAUCGCCCAGCUCCGCGACGGCGUCAACGAGUUCUGCCUCCAGAAGAGAAAACGCAACAACAGCAUCGCGUGA